AUAUUCAAUUCCGAUCAAUAUCAAUAUCCUAAUAUUAGAUAAUAGAUCAGUAUCUAUUAUGUAUCCAUAUGAAUGGCGCGAGUUAACUUGACCUCUUGGUAAAUUGUUGUUAUUCAAUUGCAGAUUGCUUCAAAUUGUUGACAACUUAAUAUUCAAAGAUGAAAAAGUAAAAGCAACUUUAAGGCCUUUGGGUGGUCAACAAGUUUAACCAGUGAUGUCAAUGCUCGGUGCUUAUAUUUGUUGGGUUGAAUGUUGGCAAUCUAUGAAAAGCUGAAGCCAAAAAUUAUGGAAUUAUAUGAGCUGAUUUAAUAGCUAAACAUGAUCGUGAUCACAACACAAGUUCAAGAAUAUGAAACUUGCGGAGAAGGAGGAGAAUGAAUUAAAGGAAGAAAUGAUUAAUAGGAGGGAACAAAAACCAUCACCAGGAUAAAUUUCACUUUUCCUUACCUGAAUAUGUAUGGGAAAAGCCGUUAAAACAACAUUGACCAUUACUAUUACCGCCAAGUAUAAGAUGAUGAUGUUUCAGUUGUUCAAAACUCAGAGUUUAUUCAGUUGUUGACUGUGCAACAUCAAAUACCCAUUGACAAUCACCAAUCUCAUUUAUUUGGAUUUUUAAUUAUUUAUUCAACUUUAUUCAAGUUUACAAAAAUGUCUUCCGUUGAAGUUCAAUCCGUUAACCAAACUUUGGAUGUCUCAUCUUCCUAUGCAUCUAACAACCAAUCUUCAUCAAAACAUACCAAUAAGAGUAAACCUCUUGUUGACAAGAUUCGUUCGAUUAUCAUGGAAAUGUACUCAGAUGAUCCAGAGCUCUUCGAUCCUAUUGAUAUUGAAAGAGUUAAAGUUGAUGAUUGGUACAUCAAACGAUUCCUUUUGGCCCAAGAUCGUAACGUCAAAUCAGCUUCCAAUAUGUUGGUUGGUUCUCUUAAAUGGCGUAAAUCUUAUGGAGUUAAUCAUCUUGAUUUGCGAUCAUUUCCAAGUGAAAUUUAUCGUCUCGGAGCCUUCUUUGUUUAUGAACACGAUAAAGAGGGUCAUGAAGUUCUUUAUGUUCGUGCCAAUUUGUUCCGUCGUUCAAAAGAUCUAAGACCCAUUUUGGUCCAAUAUGGAGUUGCCAUUGGAUGUCAAGUUGAAAAGGCUUCAAAAAAUGGCGUUGUCUGUGUUAUUGACUUCAAAAAUUUAAGCUUAGCUCAUGUUGACUUGGAAAUUAUGCGAAUCAUUAUAAGCACAAUUGUAAACCACUUUCCACUUUUCGUCCAGCGUUUCUUUGUGUGCAAUAUACCUUCAGUACUUCAAAUGAUCUCUUCACUUGUGAUUAAUUUAAUUCCAUCUUCCGGGCGAAACAGGUUAACCUUUGUUGAUAAUAAAGAGCUCACAAAAUACAUUGACUCCGACAAGAUCCCUGAAUGCCUCGGAGGUAGCUGCAAAAAACCAUUUAAAGGCUCAGGAGUGGUUCCAAAUGGCUGUCCAAAUUUUCUUGAAUUUUCCAAAACAAUCGGUUGGACUAACCAACAAUACCGUUCAAUUUAUAAAACGUUCAAAUCCAUCUUUGAAAGCGAAGGAAUCGAGCCAAUGCCAGAACCAGUUGACUGAUUGAAAUAGCCUCAACUUUUCAAGCUCAACAAUAAUUUUACUCAAAUUUAUUUCCAACUAAAAUUCAAAUAAAAUAUAGAGACAAAAUGUCUUGAUGAUGUAUAAAUCAGAAUCUGAAUAUUGUAAUUACGAUUCUUGAUUUUCUGUACCAAAUCAAUGUAUUGAUAGCUUUUAAUUUGUGUUUUCUACUCAUUCAUACCAUUUAUUUAGACAAAAAAGUUUGAGAUAAAACAAAUUUGUCUAAAAUUUUCUGCUCAUAUUUAAUUGUCAAGCAUUUCAAGUUGAAGGAUUCUUACAGUUUGUGUUUCUUUAAUUUAUUUAGAUCCUUUUUGGAUUCUAAUUUUGCUUAAAAAAUAGUUUGUACAAAUAAUUUAUAAACCUUUGUAUUAUGAAUUGUAUCAAUUAUCAUGAAACUCUAA